GUUUUGCAAUACAUCUUACAGUCACACUACAUAAAGAGUUUUGCCGAUAUAGCCAGGCGAAUUGGACACGUUUUCUACCUGUAAGACGGAUCACAGAUUUUGCAUGAGUCACAAACAAGAGGCGCUUAUAAAGUACGCUUAAAGACACACGAAGAUGUCACAAAAUCAAUCAUAUUUCUGGCAAACGACCAGACACAAUGUAUACCUGAAGAGAUCAGCCAAAUGGCACAUGGCCAUGGCAUUGAUGGUAGUCCUUACAUUCUCCACAAUAUGUGCGGCGGAGUUUGAUAAUGAUGGCGACGAUGUUGCGAAUAAUCUACCGGCACCACAAAAGGAAUUGGAACAACAACAAGAAGUAAUAAAUGCCGUUACGAAUGCGAAUAUACAAAAGUCCAUUGACAUCGAGCCAGAGAAAAAGACAGAGGGGAAUUUUCUCGAUGCGUUCACCGCAUCGAUCUCUGUUAUAUUGUUAACAGAGCUAGGCGAUAAGACUUUCUUUAUUGCUGCCAUAAUGGCAAUGCGCCACCCGCGUUUGAUAGUCUUUGGCGGUGCAAUUGCCGCCUUGGCCCUUAUGACGGUUCUCUCAUGCGUAUUUGGCAUGGCAGCAAACUUUAUUCCUAAGAUUUACACGUAUUAUAUAUCAACUGCAUUAUUUUUAAUAUUUGGUCUAAAAAUGUUGUACGAUGGUUACAAAAUGAAACCGACCGAUGCCCAAGAGGAGCUCGAAGAGGUUCAAAGCGAUUUGCGUAAGCGCGAGGAUGAGCUAAUGCGUCGAGCGACCCGCAAGUAUGAGGAUUCCGAUACGAAACGCAAGAACAGCAACUCGGACAAGGAGGAUGCCAGUGAGCAGGCCCUCAUCCAUGGUCGCAGCAGCGUUGCACCCAAUCCCAACAAUGUCUCUGAGAUGCAGCAUCGCCAGCGCAAGCCGAAGAAUAACAACCACAACAAUAAUAAUACCACCGCAAACUCAACUAAUACUAAGCAACAUAGCUGUGAUAAAAUCGGCAACGAUGUGGAUUAUCACGACUCCGAAGUGCUGCUCAAAGAUGGCGGACGUGUUGUGGAACAACUCAAAAUGUCCACGUUCCACAGCGGCAACAGCCCCGCGCACUCGGCAUCGAUCGCCUCAUCGAACCAAACCGAACAAACCCAUUGUGAUACGAGUAGCCCACGCAACAAUCAUCAUCAGAAUGCUUCCGUUGAUCCCAACUGUUCCACAUCCUCCUCCGCCCAAAACCUGGGCACCAUAGCAAAGGCUCCUCUUGCCGGACACGAUAGCAUGACUAGUUUGAAUGGCAGCAUUGGCGAGGAGGGCGCUGCAGCUAAAGCACGGCUGGACCGCGAUGUUAACGCUGCACUGGUGCAUGAUCCGGAGAGCGGAAGACGUAAAAUGCACCGCAGUGCAUCCUAUUUCACCAUGCGCAUCUUGGCCCAGGCAUUUACAAUGACUUUCCUUGCCGAAUGGGGCGAUCGCUCCCAACUAACAACUAUCAUUCUAGCCGCUAGCAAGGACGUUUAUGGCGUUAUUGUUGGCGGCAUUCUCGGCCAUUGCAUCUGCACUGGUCUGGCUGUGAUUGGCGGUCGUCUAGUGGCUUCCAAAAUCUCGGUGCGCACUGUCACCAUCGUCGGUGGCAUUGUAUUUAUUGGCUUCGCUGUCUACGCCGUGCUUAUGCCUCCAAAUGAUCUAUAAAUGAUUCGAAUUGCAUGUGCACCUAAACUAGCCUGUUGUUGUUGACGACCCGACCCCCAAGAGAAUAACCAAACUAAGUAAAAGAGAAAUUCUAAUGUAAUUUAACCGUAGUCUCCGAGGAGCAACAGGCAUAUUCUAUUAGCCAUCUGUUAUAUUUUGCUUCAACUGCCCAUUUAUAUUUUGUUUUGUUUUUGCUUUAGUAAUUUGAACAUUGAACAUCGCCUCCAAAAGAUAGCUCCAAAGUGCCUUCAGUGCUUUUCGCUUUAGCCAUGACAUCCCACAAAUUUUAGUUGCCAAUAUAUAUUGCUUUCAAUUUUUCCCGUCACUUAACACUGUUCGAGUAUUCAGUCGAAAGCCAAUUUGCUUUAAGUAUUAAAGUUUAUUUUGUACAUACGCGUGCUUGUUAACUAGGUUGCCUAAGCUCCUCUUUAAGUAGCUGAUUGAAUUUUCCUAAUUUUGUAUUUACAAACGUAGCAAUGUUUACUUAAAAAAAAAAGAAACGAAAAACGAAAAAUCUAUUUUUAUCGAUGAUUUACUCAAUAUUUGUAUGAAGAAAAUAGUAAAAGAGCAAAUUUAAA